CCAUAUAAACAUGGAUGCUAAACUAGGAGAGGUUAUUCGCCCACUUGCCAACUAUCAUCCAAGCCUUUGGGGAGAUCAGUUCCUACACUAUGAUGAGCAAGAGGAGCAAGUUGAGGUAGAUCAAGAAAUCAAAAUUUUGAAGGAUGAAACAAGAAAGGAAAUAAAGGAAACUUUGGAUGAUCCAACAAAACAUACAAAUUUGUUGAAGCUGAUUGAUGUUAUCCAACGUCUAGGUAUAGCCUACUAUUUUGAACACGAGAUUACGCAAGCAUUGCACCAUAUUUAUAAUGUAUACGGGGAUAAAUGGAAUGGUGGUAGUCCUUCCCUUUGGUUUCGGCUUCUCCGACAGCAAGGCUUUCACGUUUCAUGUGAUAUAUUCACUAUCUACAAGCUUAGUAAUGGAUGUUUCAACGAUUCCUUAACCAACGAUAUCGAAUGCAUGCUUGAGUUAUAUGAGGCAUCAUAUAUGAGGGUGCAAGGCGAAACCAUUCUAGAUGAGGCUCUCAAGUUUACAAAAACUCGUCUUGAAAACAUUGCAAACGAUCCCCUUCGUUGCAACAACGUGCUCUCUAGACACAUAUAUGAAGCACUAGAGCGACCUAUACGUAAAAGGUUGCCAAGGUUAGACGCAAUACGAUACAUACCUUUCUAUGAGCAACAAGAUUCUCACAACAAGUCGUUACUAAGACUUGCAAAGUUGGGGUUCAACCGGCUUCAAUCGUUGCAUAAGAAGGAGCUUAGCCAACUUUCCAAAUGGUGGAAAGAGUUUGAUGCUUCAAAAAAUUUGCAUUACGUAAGAGAUAGAUUGGUUGAACUCUACUUUUGGAUACUAGGUGUCUAUUUUGAACCUCAAUAUUCCCGUUCAAGAAUAUUCUUGACAAAAGUGAUUCAUAUGGCAACAAUCUUUGAUGACACUUAUGAUAAUUAUGGUACUUACGAAGAACUAGACAUAUUCACCAAAGCCGUUCAAAGAUGGUCAAUUACCUCCAUGGAUACGCUUCCAGAUUACAUGAAAGUAAUAUAUAAAAAUUUAUUGGAUAUUUAUGAAGAAAUGGAGGAAAUCAUGGAAAAGGAUGGAAAAGCAUAUCAACUUAAGUAUGCAAAAGAGUCGAUGAUAGAUUUGGUUACAAGUUAUAAGACUGAAGCAAAAUGGUUACAUGAGGGUCACACGCCAACAUCUGAGGAGCAUAAAUCGAUUACAAACGAAAGUGCUGGCUAUAGAAUGCUCACAACAUCAAGCUAUGUUGGCAUGCCUGGUGAUAUAGUCACAGAUGGGUCUUUUAAAUGGGCUCUAAACAAUCCUCCACUUAUUAAAGCUUCAUCUGCCAUUUGUAGGAUUAUGGAUGACAUCGUCGGUCACAAGGAGGAUCAACUGAAUAAGCCUAUUGCAUCUAGUGUGGAAAUUUGUAUGAAAAAACAUGAUGUUGCGGAGGAGCAAGCUUAUGAUAUGUUGAGACAAAAAAUUGAAGAUGCAUGGAAAGAUCUAAACCGAGAAACAUUAAUAUGCAACAAUAUCUCUAUGACUCUUAAGAUGCGUGUGAUCAACCUGACACGUGUAAUGGAUAUCCUAUACAAAGAAGAUGAUAAUUUGAAAAAUGUUGGAGAAGAAAUUCAAGUUUAUAUCAAAUCUUGUUUCAUCAAUGCUAUGAGUGUUUGA